AUGCAACAUGGAAAUAAAACGUCCGUUAUUAUUGAACCUGUCAUUAGACACAUCGAAAUGGAUGAAAAACGUUCGAUAAUGACAAUUCACUGUUGGGCAAGUAUGUAUUGGGAAGAUGAAAAACUCAAAUGGAAUCCUAGCUCGUAUGGUGACAUGAAAGAAAUUCAUUUAGCUGAUCAUGAAGUUUGGCAACCGGAUGUGUUUCCAUACAACAGUGCGACAGGUAGUACAAUAGAUCAUUAUGGCAACACUAAUCUCAUUGCAUAUUUCAAUGGAACUGUUAUUUGGGUUCCUCCAUCCAUAUUUCAAGUUUUUUGUCAAAUGGAUUUUACAAAUUGGCCAUUCGAUAGUCAAACAUGUUCACUUAAAAUUGGGUCAUGGACUUAUAAUGGCGAACAAGUUGAUUUGUUUAAUUCGAAUCACAUGCAAACAGUUUACAAAUUACCAAAUUUAGUACCCAAUUCGGAAUGGGAAUUUGUUAAAAUGACAGUUAAAAGGAAUUCAGUUUAUUAUCCCUGUUGUCCGAUUCCAUAUACGGACGUUACAUUCGAACUCACGAUUCAACGACAUUCUGCAACUUAUAAAGCUCUUAUCAUUACGCCAGUUUCCGCCGUUAUUUUAAUGGUUUUGGCCUCAUUUUGGCUUCCACCGACGUCGGGGGAUAAAGUUACACUAGGAGGAGCUGCCGUUAUAACAACGUGUUUAUUUUUAUUAUAUUUUCUUGAAAAAAUGCCCGCCAUGGCUGGAAACACUCCUCACAUAAUUACGUUUUACAGUCAAACACUUUAUUUGGUAUCGAUAUCGGUCGCCAUUGAAGUUUUCAUAAUAAAUUUAGCAAAAAAUCCAAAAUUAUCUCCAUUGCCGUGGAUAUUAAAAAAAAAUCUCAUCGAAGGAGUUGGCAAAUGCCUCCUGAUAAAAACAUCGGAUAAUCGGAAUCAUUUUAGCAGAGGAGAAGAAAUGACGGAUAAUCAACCGGUACUUUCCGAACAGGGAAGACAUUCAAACGAAUCAAAUUCAAAUAUUUAUCAAAAAGACUGGAUAUUAUUUGCCACGGCCAUCGAUAGAAUUUUUUUCAUCAUAUAUAUUUGUUCAUUUUUCAUAAUGGCUUUUAUUUAUUUGAUAUAA